GAGCGCCUCGCGUUGCCUCCUCUUCCUGUCCGCUCCACGCCUUCGCCUCUCUGUUUCUUUCCUAGCGGCGACGGCGACGGCGACAGGGCGAGCUUCGACGCCCUUGACCAAGUCUUCGUCGGGCCCUUCGCCGAUGACCAGCAACCGGCAGCUGUCUGUGUUCUGAUUCUCCUGGAUUGAGGGGAUUGCUCUUUGGAGAUUCAUCUCGAAGUUGGAUUUCACAAUUUUAUGGCCUUUGACUGCAACAAGGGAAGAGGAGUUUCUUCGCCUGAUAAUUGCUCCAGCAUUUGCCCUGAGGGUACACUCAUCCAGGCAAAUCCCUUAUCUCACUACUGGAAGGCUAAAGGUUGGAAGAGCCGCAACAAAUUAGGGAACCAGAAGUCCAGUUAUGAAUCAAUUCCAAGAGACUCUAAUCCAAAGAAAGAUGAUGAAGUGCGGGGUGAAGCAACUGCCUCGACCUGUGGUCUCAGGUGCUUCACCGAUUUGCCAGCUGCAUUGGUCUGUGAGGUCCUUGCACGCCUCGAUGCAAAGGAGCUUGGAAUUGUAUCUUGUGUCUCCACCCUUCUGCAUACUUUAGCCACAGAUCAUCACGGAUGGAAGAAGUUGUACUGUGAAAGAUGGGGGCUUCCAAAUCUUCCUGCCACCCUAAAUGGGCUUUUGGUUCCAGGUGGUCCCCUAGACGGGAAGUCCUGGAAAACAUUUUUUGUGGAGCGGGAGUUUCGAAGUAAAUCAUUCAUGGGGAAAUUCAAUGUGGAUGUUUUUCGUGGCCACAAUGAGGAUGUACGUGCUGUGUUCCUUCUGGCAUCGGCAAAUCUGAUUUUCAGUGGCGGUCGUGAUUCUGUGGUUAGGAUGUGGAACAUGGAGGAAGGGCUCUUGAUUGAUACAUCCCGCCCACUUGGUGGCACCAUCAGGGCGAUUGCAGCUGACACUAGGCUUUUAGUGACUGGAGGAACCAAUGCCUACAUUCAGUGUUGGAGGGCUGUUGAAGGGAAUGAUCACCUUUUUCACAUCUCUGGAAAUGGUACUGACCAGAAUUCAGAGUUUCGCCUCUGGGGACAUGAAGGUCCUCUGACUUGUCUUGCCUUAGAUUCAUUGAGGAUUUACAGUGGUUCUUGGGACAUGACUGUUCGUGUUUGGGACAGGACUCGCAUGGAGUGUCUGCAAAAGCUCAUGCAUGCAGACUGGGUCUGGGAUCUUGCUCCACAUGGAAAUACCAUUGCUAGUACAGCUGGUAGAGAUGUAUAUGUAUGGGAUAUCAGGAACAGUGAGUUGACAAGCUUAAUUUCCAAUGCACAUGUUGGAAACGCGUAUUCUUUGGCUCGGACACACUUGAUGGAUGUGCUAUUUACUGGUGGAGAGGAUGGAGCUAUUCGCUUGUUUAAUAUUUCUGAUGUCUCUGAUGAUGAGGAUAGUAAACCACUUGCUACUUGGGUGCCACAUUCAGGCCCAGUUCAUUCUCUUGCUUUUGAGUAUCCAUGGCUUGUCUCAGCCUCGAGUGAUGGUAGGAUUGCAUUGAUUGAUUCGAGGAAGCUUCUGACCCCAAAAAAGUCAUCAAAGGGCCCUUUCAGUGUUAAGAGCUUUGAUGUGAGCACCAUAGAGCCUCCACAGAGGAUGCUUCAUGGCUUUAGAUGUGAUCUCUUCUCCAUUGCCAUUGGUGCAGAUAGGAUUGUAUGUGCAGGCGAGGAUGGUGCUGUCAGGGUGUGGAACUUCUCAGAAGCACUGGAGAUUGAGAGGAGGGCACAGGCUCUAAGGAGUUUGAGGCAGGAGAACCGCAUGAGGCGGAGGAAGGCACAAGCAGAGAUGAAUGCAAAUGGUAGAAGGCCCGACCAGUGCUCAAUAGCCAUGAAAAAGAACCAACUGAAGGGUGAUAAGAGUGUCACUUAGCAUAACAAGCAUUCCAUUAACGAGAAGGUCAAGUCUUAGAUUAGGAUUUGCACUAUUCAUGCAGUUGCAGUUUAUCAUGGCUGUACAUUUCCAUCAUUUGAUAUUUCCUUGUUGGAAAUUACGUAGAUUUUAAUUUCAUCCAAGCCAGGUUUACUAAAUAUGUUGUUCAACAUUGGCACAUUCAGAUUUUCAACUUUUAUAUGGUUACAAAGCGUUAUGAUUAUCCAUUUAUGGCCGGUUGUAUAUUGAUGAAAUGGAAAAGAAGUUCCUUGCAUCU